CUCACUCACAUCUCUCUUUAACGAAUUGUGUCCAAAUAGAAAUAGUCUAAUUCAAAGUGGUACCUUAUUUAUGGUUUAAUCUAAUUUUUAUUUGAUCUUGGCCUAUUACAUUCUUGUAACCUUUUUACUUGUCUUUAAGUCAUUGUGCUGUCCUUCAUUCUUCUCUCGCCUCCUCAUCUUGGUUUUGUACUAGUGUUCAUCGUCUUUAGACUAAUUUGAAAACAAGUCAAACCACGUACUUUUUCAUAAAAGUCCACUGCAAUCCUGUUGACUUCAUCAAAUAUUAUUACUAACUUUUCAUUUUCAUUUUAAUAGAUCUCCUCCCAUAUUCAUUAAGAAAAUUUAUUCAACUAUUAAGUAUCCUCAUUCAAUUUCAUUUUAGUUUCUAUCUUUAUAUUCCAUAUUGCAUCCAUAAUCUUAAUAGAUUAUAUUCAUUAAUAUCUUUAUAGCAUGAAAGUAAUUGGCAUAAUAGCUUCUGCACUUUACUAUGCAUCUAUCACAUCAGCAUUAUGGCCAGUUAAAGAUUUCAGAGUAAAUGAUAUUAAUGAAUUAUCUAAAUUAUCUAUAACUCCAAAAAAGAAAAUCCUGAUAGGUUAUAAAGAUCAAACAGUACUUUCAAAUAAUGAUAAUCAAGAUAAUAAAAAUGCACCUAUUAUCGAAUUAGGAAAUGAUGUUCAAAUGCUUCUAACUGAUGUUGAUAAUUCUAUUUAUUACUUACUCACCACAAUAGUUGAUACUUCAACUAAUUAUGAAGAACAAUUUUCUUUAUUAUUAGAUACUGGAAGUGCAGUAUCUUGGUUAUAUAAUCAAUCAUGUAUUCAAAAUGGUUGUAAUAAACCAAAUAUUAAUAAAUUUGAUGAUUAUUCUAAACCUUUAAAAAUGGGUACUACAUUUGAAUUAUUAUAUACUGGUGAAGAAGUAUCUGGUAAUACACUUUCAUUAAUUGAUAAUGGUCUUGAUAUUAUCUUUGGAAAUGAUUUAACUUUUGGAAAUAUUUCUAUUGGAAUAACUAAUGAUUCUCCUGAAAUGUUUGAUGGUUAUAAUAUUAGUGGAUUACUAUCUUCAGCUGAUUCAAGAAAUUUAGUUCGUCAAUUUUAUGUUGAUCAAGUUAUUGAUCAACAAGUAUUUUCAUUAUUUUUAAUUUCAAACGAUCAAAAUUAUAAUAUUAAUACAACUACUGAUAAUUUACCUGAUGGAUUUGGUGGUUUAAUUAUUUUUGGUUCAAAGGCUUUAGAUUUACAAUCUAAUUUUACAAAUUCAGCUGAGAUUCAUUAUACAAAUUUAUUACCAAAUGAUAAUUCAUAUUGGUUAAUUAAUAUUUCUAAUAUUCAAAUUUCAGAUUCUUAUAAUCAAAUAUCUAAUUUUAAUUCUUCAACUUUUUCUACCCAAAGAGAAGCUAUUAUAGACACUGGAACUACAGGGAUGGUUUUCCCUGUUGAUGAUGCAAAUAUCAUUCAUCAACAAUUAUUUAAUGGGAAUUAUAUUACUGAUAAUCAAGGUAAUUAUGCAUUCCCUUGUAAUGCUUCAUCAUCAGCUGAAAUAAUCUUUACAAUUGGUAAUUCUCAAUUAAAUUUAUCAGCAUCAAAUUUUAUGGGUGAACCUUAUACUACUGCAUCAUUAGAAGGUUAUUGUGCAUCUAAAAUUCAAGGUAUUAAUGAUUAUCAAUAUUGGGUUCUUGGAGCUGCAUUUCUUAAUAAAUUUUAUACUAUAUUUGAUUUAUCAAAUCAACAAUUAGGGUUUGCUCAAUUAAGUAUUGAUUCAUUUAAAAUUGAGAAUCCUUCACCAAUUCAGAUUCAAUCUCAAUCUGAAACUCAAUCUGAAUCUGAAACUCAAUCAGAUUCUACCACAUCUUCUAUUCCUUCAACAUUGACUACAUCAAAAUCUACUCAUUUAUCAUCAACUUCAACAUCUGCCUCCAAUUCAAGUAAUUCCUCAUCUGAUAGAAAAGGUAAUGGAGCGUUUAAAUAUGAAUCAUUUAUUCCACUCCAUAUGUUAUUAGCUGCUCUUAUUAUUUGUAUAAUACUUUAAGGUAUUCAUUCAUUCAUUCAUUCAUUCUUUCUUUCUUCAUUGUCAUUGUUUAUUAUUCAUUCUUCAUCAUUCAUUACUAAUAUUACCCUUUCAUUCUUUCAUUUUCAUUUUCAUUUUCAUUUUCAUU